GUGUUCUUCUUUUUCACCCAUUUGAUCUCGCCGAUCUGUCGGCCCCCUUUGUCUCAUCAUCCGCCUCAUUUGCCAAUCCAACGAUUCAUCUUUCAAUUUCGAACAACCCCUUUUACGGAUUUGCCUGAAUUCGCUCACACUGUAAUGAAAACCCAAAUCAAAUAUUCAAUUUUUAAAAUUUCUUACCUUUCCAAGUUCCCUUUUGGCACAUAAGACAAGGUAUUAAUAUCUUUCACGCUUUUCCUCUGAAAGAAAUGUAAAACCCAUCGAAGAACAUUUCCAAGGGAAGAAUAUGCUCCAUUCCCCAGAUUGAUUUUGGGCUCUGUGGUUCAUAAUCUUUCGUAUUCUCUCUUCCCUUUUUGAGUGAUUAAUCUAUUACUGUAUCUACUUCUUUUGGGUUGCAACAGUUUACUUUCUAUUUUGUCGUGGAGAAGCUGCCCAAAUUAUUGAAUUUUGUGGUUUACCAGAGUUGCUGUGAACCCUUUUAUUUGUGGAGGUUGUGUUUAUGAUAUGAUUGUUGAAACUAGUAGCAGAUUGUGGGUUUGUUUGAUGCACAAAUGAAGUCUGGGAAUGGUGAUGACUUAGGGGAGUCUGAUGGGGGAAGGUUGCUGGAGGAAAUUGAGGCAAUAAGUAAAGCUUUGUACUUGCACAAGGGCCACACGAACUCAAUUGUUUAUCCACCUGAUGUACGGCCAGGAUCCCAUUUGGCUGAAUCAAAAUCAAGAUUCAACCAGGGAUAUCACAAGGAUGGAUCAUCAUUGGUGGAUGAAACUGAAAGAAGGUCAUCAUCUUCUACAUGGAACUGGAAGAAAUCUUUGAAAGCUCUUACCCAUAUUCGGCAUCGAAAGUUCAACUGUGUAUUCUAUCUCAAGGUUCAUUCCAUAGAAGGUCUGCCUCCAAGUUUCGAUAGCUAUAGUUUAAGUGUGCAUUGGAAAAGGAAGGAUGAGGUUUUGCAAACGCAUCCGUCUAAGGUUUUCCAAGGCAUGGCUGAAUUUGAUGAGACUUUGAUUCACAAAUGUGUUAUAUAUGGUGGGAAAAGUUUGGCUCAUAACUCGGUGAAAUAUGAGCCUAAACUUUACUUGAUCUAUGUUUCUUUGCUUGGAGCACCAGGGCUUGAUUUUGGGAAGCAUUGGGUUGACCUCACAAGGAUUUUACCUCUUACCUUGGAGGAGCUUGAGGGGGAUAAAUGUUCUGGAAAUUGGUCGACCAGCUUUCGCCUUGCAGGCAAUGCGAGAGGUGCUAGCCUACAUGUCAGUUUCAGUUUUUUAGUUACUAAGGACGAUCCAAUGAAAUUGAGUGGUCCUGAAAAUGUUGUCCAACUCCUGAAGUUAUUGCACCAUAAGUCAAGGCUUGCUAACUAUGAUGCAAACCGUAAUUCUACUAAUUUAAACGGGCUUCCAAAUCCAGAUGGAAAUAUUUCACAUAGUCGAUCUGUUACCUCUACUCAGUUUUACGAAGCAGAACUUUUUGAUGAACUAAAUCCAAAACUGGAACUCUCCGAGUCAAUUAACCUUUUGUACAGUAAGAUGGAUGAAGCGGACCAGCAUAAGUCUGAGCAUUCAGGUUCUGAGUUGGCUGAGCAGCUUGAAUCAAAAUCUAAUGAGGAACAGAAGUCUGAUGAAGCAAUUGGUGGAGGUAGUAAUGACCCUGGUGAGUUUUCCAUUAUUGAAUGUGGGAUAGAACUAGCUGGGAAAGAAGAUAGCUUUGAUAAAAUGACUGUUCAGAUUCCUGAGGGCUUGAAAGUAGAAACUAUUUCUUUGGACGAUAUCAUGGAAGACGAAAAAGUUGCCACUGAGAUUAAGUCAAGUGUCAUGUUGAAGGAUGCAGUUUGUGAUAUUCAUGUAGAUGACUCUACUCAGGAUGACUUUGAUAAUGAGGAGAAUAAAUUAAAACUGAAAGUAGAAGAAGUUGCUUCAGAUGAGUUGAGUUCGGAUUCUGAUCUCAAGUGGACCUCACAGUUGGUGGAGACUGAUUCUCCAUUAGCUGUUGGCGAGCUUGUCGAACAUGAAAGUGAUAUGGAUGCCAAGGAGAAUUGUGCUAGAAAAUCUCUAAGCCUUGAUGACUCUUAUGAAUCUGUGGCCAAUGACUUUCUAAAGAUGCUGGGGUUGGAGCAUGGUUCUGCGAGGUUUUCAGAUCCUGAUAUUUCGUCUCCUAGAGAGCGUUUAUUGAGAGAAUUUGAGGAGGAAUCCCUAAUUUUUGGUAAUCCAUUAUUGGACUUCACAGCUACAGAAGAGGAUUUUGGAGGUGUUGAUAUGGAGUUUGCUUCCGAGAAUCAAGAUGAGGAUUUUGAUUUUUCUUCCAUUUAUGUUGCUGAAGAAGUACAAGAGGAGGGGUACCAAUCCUUGAGAAAUAGAAGGAAUGCCAAAAUUCUCGCAGACUUGGAGUCGGAACAUUUAAUGAGAGAAUGGGGCUUAAACGAGAGUGACUUUGAACACUCUCCACAUUAUAGUUCAAGUGGAUUUGGGAGUCCUAUAGAGUUGCCGCUACAGGAAGAGCCACCAAAGUUAUCUUCACUUGGGGAAGGUUUUGGUGCAUUUCUUAAGAUGAAUGGUGGCGGAUUUUUACGGUCCAUGGGUCCUUGGCUCUCUCAGAACACUAGCAUUGGACAGAGCUUAGUCAUUCAAUGUUCUGAACCGGUUGUUUUGCCUGCUGAAAUGGGCCAUGAUAUCAUGGAGAUAGCACAGAAUUUAGCAUUGGCAGGAACUGUUAACCUUUCUACUCUGGCUAAAAAGUUGAUGCCGUUGGAUGAUAUAACCGGGAAAACUCUCCACCAAAUGGUAUUGGAAUGUCCUCUCAGCACAACAUUGCUUGAGAGGGAGCCUAUGAUCGAGCACAACAUGUUGUGUAGUUCGGUUCCAUGCUGCGAAAGGAAAGACAUUGAAGGAUUGCCAUCUCAUCAUAAAGAUAGUAGCCUUCGAUCACUUAUGAAUUCCGAGAUGCAUCAAGACCUUGUGUCACCUGAUGAUCUAGCACUUCGGGCCAUGGAAAAGAUCGAAACCCUCUUAAUAGAAGGAUUAAGAAUACAAUCUGGGUUGACAAAUGAUGAGACGCCAGCACGAAUCAGUGCCCGUCCCUUUCAUUGUCUGCCAGCCUGUCGACUGAGGCGUUCCAAUUUGGGUGGGUCUUGUAGUUCGGAAGGAUUAAAGGAACUGCAGUUUAUGGAUCGCCCCGAUACAACAGGUGAUGUUGUUGGGUUGAUGGAUCUUUCUCUAACAUUGGAGCACUGGUUAAGGCUUGAUGCUGGUAACAUUAAUGAUGAUGAUCAAAAUGGUCAGCACAUUAUGAAGACUCUCGUGGCCCAUGGUGCUAACUAUGCAGAUAUAAUUGAAAGACUAUCCAAAGAUAUCAACUCUGGAAUAUCCAGCAAAGAGCUGGGAUUGUUUGGGAACAAGCUUGUGGUGGCUCUCAUGGUGCAACUCAGAGAUCACUUACGGGACUACGAACCAGUUGGUGGCCCGAUGAUGUGCAUAAUGGAGGUCGAGAGGUUUUUUAUCAACACAUCUCGUGACACAGCCAGUGAAACGAGCAGUGUCAACAAUGGGAAAGAGCCAUUGCAAACACAGGAAGAUAGUCCUGAAACUAACCCGACUCAGGUGAAAGCAGACAAAGGACACUUUGUUCGUGCAUUUAAAAUCUCUGCUAUUCAUCUUUUGGGUGUAAACUCUGUGCCUAAUAAGAUGCAAUUCUGGGCAACCACGAUGCAGCAGCAAUUGGGAUCACGUUGGUUGCUUUCGAGUGGAAUGGGUAGAAACUUCAAGCUCCCAUUAUCCAAGUCGAAAGCAAUCGUUCAAUAUUCGUCACUUGGUACCAAAGCUCCAAUUGGCGACAUCUUGUGGAGCAUUUCCUCUGAAAUACACGAGGGAAUGGUUUCUGCUUCAUCAGGUUUGAGUUCACAUAAAAGAAACCCUGAUGUCGUGAUCCCGAACCAAAGUAUUAAUCUACAUAUACGUUGUAGUUGAUCAAUCGAUUGGCCUUGUAUUGUGAAUCAGAGUUUUUCCUAUUGUAUUUACUUCCUUUCUGUUUUACUUGUAAAGGAAUUGGUGAAAGCAAAAGUUUUGAGUGUCUUCAUAA